UAACUUGCAUGAACUUACCCUCGUAGCCAAUUGGAGAGAGAUAAGGAUAGGACAAGGAAGCUGACAGCAUAAAAUACCCACUGCUGGAGCAGCACCUUGGUGUGUGUGGGCAAGCACUUUUUUUUCUUUUUUUUUGGAGUUGGAAAGGCACAACUGCUAGCACUGACAACAACACUUCACCCACCUGUGUACAGAAGCACAGCUACUGUACCUACCCACCUAAAGUCAUCUGAGAGAAGAACGAGCGAGAGAGAGAGACAACACACCCAUUGAACACAGGCCUGGUCGGACUCCAUUCCACAGCUCUGCUCUGGACCAUGGUCCGUCAUACCACCUGUAUCAUGAGCAUCCCUUCCACUGCCAGCAUUGAGAGUCAGCUGCCCACAACAUGGAGCUCCUACCCCUGCCCAGACAUUUCCACAGUGAUGCCCGGUUACACCAGUCGCAUGUGGUCCCAGGACUACAAGCCUCAGUAUUGGUCAAAGUACCUGGUGUGGCAGUGGCUGCAGCAGAUGGUGGACAUGCACCAGAUUGACGCUGCCAGCAUCCACUUCCAGAACUUUGACGUGGACGGCCAUCAACUGUGCAGCAUGACCUACCAGGACUUCACACGGGCCGCAGGCACCGUGGGGCCUAUCCUCUACCAAAGCCUCAACGAGCUCAAAUGGAGGGGACAGUAUCCUGGAGUGGAGUUUAACCCACUGGACAUUAUCAAAUCAGAGCCAGAUGAUUUCCCUUGUCCAUUCCCAGAUCCUAGCAUAUAUCCUGCAGACAUUUUUGAUCCCUCGUGUCAAUGUCUCGCACCUGUGGCAUCACCCACAGACAGUCGCCCUCAUCAGAUCAAAAAACACAACCCCCGGGGGACCCACCUGUGGGAGUUCAUUAGGGACAUUCUGCUGAACCCAGAGCGGAACUCAGGCCUGCUCAAGUGGGAGGACCGGACAGAUGGUGUGUUCCGUUUCCUCAAGUCAGAGGCUGUUGCUCAGCUGUGGGGCAAGAAGAAGAACAACAGCAGCAUGACCUACGAGAAGCUCAGCCGAGCUAUGAGAUAUUACUACAAACGGGAAAUCCUGGAACACGUGGAUGGCCGAAGGCUGGUCUACAAGUUUGGGAAAAAUGCACAAGGAUGGAGGGAGUCAGAAAAGUAAAAGAGUCUGGAGGACACCUCUCCACUAUUUUGUGCCUUUUUUUUGCCUGUCUAUUUAUGUUUGUUUUUUAUUUUAAUGUGUCACUGUGAUGUUUUACUAUGUCGUUGUUUUACAAAGAGGAGCAGAAUGCCUUGUUGCAACUCUUGACAUUUGAUGGAGUUUUUGUAUGAUAUGUUUACAUUUGGUUAAGCAAGACUACAUUUUACAUUUAAUUGCUUACCCAGCUAGCACAUAAAUGUUGAGAACCAAAUGUUUCUUAAAGCUUGGUGACAGUGGGGUUGUCAUAUGGUUAUUUUGCAUACAACCUUCCUACAACUUUCUGGGAAUGGUGCAGGAUAGUUGCUUGACUGUGGAACAUUCUCGGCACAUUUAAGGAACUUGAUUUAUUUUUAUUUUUAUAAUCUUGGUAUUUCAUUUCUUUAACUGAAUGUUUCCUAAAAGUUCAAACAUGGUUGGAUUUAAUGUCAAUUUUGGUAAUGUUCUAGGAAUGUUCUCCAACUAGUUUGACAUUGGGAAUGUUCUCAAAUAGUUCAGAGAAUAUUAAGAAACAACAGUCUUCUGUGGGAUUUUCAGUACUUCAGCAUAAUGUUUUCUGCAGGUUUCCUCAUGGUUAUUUUUAAAGUCAUGUUCUCAGAACGUUAAGAUAAUGUUCCAUAAAAACCACAAGAACAUUAGUAACAUUCAAAUAACUUUCUAAGAAUGUUAUUUAAAAACAUUUCAUUCUUAGCAUCAACAAAACUGUUUCUCCUCUAUCUUGUUAAGUGUGUUCAGGUGUGUUGGCCUCACCCACUUAUUGGUCACACCUGAUCUUUAUUAAUGCUUGUUUCCUUUCAAAUGGGGUCUGUUUGAAUAGACUAAAAUGAACAUGGUAUGCUAGCUCUAUCCUGGUUGCGCAGUGGAGUAAUUCCAUGGAUAGAGAACUGAAGACUAUAGGUACUGAAUUUCACUGACGUUGUGCCACAACAAAAAAUACAUGCGUUUGCAAAUUCAUUUCUGUGUCCUAUCUAGGGUUGCAAAGGGAGGGUAUUGUACUGGAAACUUUCAAUUAUGUAAUCUACCACAAGAUCCUGUAUCUACUGGUCUUUUGGGGGUAUUUCAUAAUAUCACCGGUGUCUGUAAUUCUCUCUGUCCUUUUUUCUGGCCUUAUCACAUGGAAAAUAUAUGAAAUAAUUAAAUACAAUUAUUUAAAAAUAAAAUGAAUGAGAAAGCUGUGAAAUAUCAUCCUAAAUAUAAACCAUCCAACUUAGUGAAUACCAUUGGUGCAUUUUUAUUUAUUUUACUACGUCAACAUGUAUUUUUUAUGAAUGUUUUUGCCUCAAACUGGUGAAAGUUGUGAUUAAAUGUUGAUUAGAUGCUUUUUGAUUAGAUGUUUGUUGAUUAGAUGCUUUUCUAGGCUAUUUUCUCUUCACCCAUAUGGUCUAUCUAUUAGAAACUUAUGGACAAUAUGGACACAGAUAUAUAAAUGAACACUAUAUAUGAACAUAUCUUUUUUAAGAUAUUCAAGUAUAAAUUACCAAAGUUACGAUAGAUUGCAAUAGAUUUUCUGUUAAUUACCAAAAUUAAUUAAGAUUUCUGAAACUUUGGUACCGAUAGGACUAGGUUUGCAAAGCAUUCUGUGCUUGGAGUUCAAAACAGUUAACCCAAACUGUUAUUAAAAUUAUUUUCAAGAAAGUAACCUUUACAUUUUUUUCAAAACAUUCAGAGAAUGUUCUCAGAACUUUAUUUAAUUACCUUCAAAUAACCAACCGUUUCCGUUCUCAGAACAUAGAAAAAACAGCAAGUAUUUCAGGGAAUCAUAGUAAAACAUUCUCAGAACCUCCCUGAAACCUGGUUCGGAUCCAAGAUGUAUCACGUCUGGCUGUGAUUGAGAGUCCCAUGGGGGUGGCAGGUAGCUCACAUUGGUCUAGUAAUGAUACCAUUAUACUUUUACAUGGUUAUGGAAAAUAGAGACCAGUCAUAUAAUACGAUAUGUGAGUGAAUUGUUUCUAAGGGUAUGCAAAAUUAAGCGCACAUAAAUGUUGGGGUAGAUUAAAACAAACGAUUAAUGAUUUGAGGGAGUACAAUGGACUUAUCAAGACUUAUCAAGAUCAUGUUUUGUUUGUAGUUAAAACCUUUGGGUUGCUGAUUAUGAUAUUAGUAUAUCGAAUGCUAAAUAAAUUGACAUUUCUCUUCCAGGAGAAUGGGGGUAGUCAUUUUCUCUGUUUGGAAUGUUUCCUCAGGCUGUGUGUGGUCUUGGAAGAGGGGUUAGUGAAAUUUGGCAGUUUUAUAGGCAUAAAGGUAUCCGGAUUCAGUCGUUAAGAGGAGUUACCAGGUUACAUAAGGCCUGGCCAUUUUUGUUUGUUUUUGACCUAUGGUUUAACACACACACACAACUUAUUGGGUAUGAAUACGGGUUAAUGCCUAGGUAUCUUAAAGGGGCACACACACAAAUGGAAUUUUCAGAAGUGUUUCUUUUCUGAGUUUUAAUAACACAUAUUAAUUAUUUUGAUUUAAAAAAUGUACUGAAGAAACUUACUGUAAACCUAGGAGACGAAAUGUAUGACAUGUUUGACAGUUUUUUAGAUAAUUGGUCAAAUAGAGAAAGUAACAGAGUUUGAAUGACCUCUGACCUCUGUCUUGACUUUCUAGUGUGGUUUGAUCGCCCUCACUGGAAUGCCGAGAGACAUUGGAUGAUGAUUUAAAGGUCAUAUUUAAUACUGGUUUAAAAGUAAUUUGUAAUACUGAUAAUUCCGGAGAAGUUUUAUAACUAAUAGGACCACAAGAAGGUUAGACCUAUCUCUAGUCUAUUUUUACUAUGAGGAUAUGGGUAAAACAAAAAUGUUGUAGGAGUUAGGGUAGUAUUUGAUUUGUAGUGUUGUUUUUACACAUUAGUCACUAUGGUGAAUUAUGCGUCAAGAUGGGGGAAUUACAUUCUUUUCUUUUUUGGGGGAGUUUGAAGUUCACACCUUGAGUGAUAUGUAGGGAUGUAUAGAGUGAUGUAUGAAGGAUUGUAUUGUUGCGUUGUUUGUUCUGUUUUGGUUUGAUAAAUCUCACCAGAUUGGGUCUGCUGGAUGAUCAGCAUCAUUUCCUGACUGACUGAAUGAUCCAAUGACUAAUGAGGUUGACGGUGUGAUAAGGGAGUAUAAACUAAUUUGGAACAUUGAUUCAACAGAAUGUGAUAUUUUUUUCUUUGACACGUGUUUUAGAGAUUUCCAUUAAGAAUAUUGGUAGUAGUAAUAAUUUGAAUUGUUCUUCUGAUUUGUCCUUUCUUGAGGUUAUGGUGGCGAUGGUAUUUAGAUGCAUAGGAGGGAUAAUUUGACCAAACAGGGUGUGGACCUCAAAACCCCUCUAACCGGCUGAAGAAAUGGCUUUCACUACAGCCCUGUCCUGCACCACUUCUAUCUAGAGACCGGAGUCUGAGCCAGCAAACGGUGUACAGCAUCCAGUUGAAGUUAUCAAAUGUUUUUCACUCAGGAGUGCAACAGAAGUCCACGUGGAAUGAGCAUGGAGAGAGAUCUGUUCCAAAACUUCUCAUAUUGCUGGUUGGCAAAUGGACAAGACUUAAUGAGUUGUGGUGGGGUUCAGGUGAGACCUUUGAAAUUGGGACAUUAUCAUGGGCCAUCCACCUUGAACUGUGAAGUUAUCUGAAGAAGAAAAUUAAGAAAAAUGCCAGAAGAUUAAGUGCUGGAGAAGGGAGGGGGUUGGUCAACUUUACCUGUAAUUAUUUUAGACUUGGAGGUCGACACUGCUAAACUUAUAGUGAUUUAGGCUAAGAAUGCAUUGAGAUACUGAUCUGUAAUUAUAACCCUGAUUAGGAACUUAAUACUAUAAUUAUGAGAUUAAUAUAUUGUAGGGUAAUAUAAAUGUACAUUCUGCCAGUGUUAAAUUGAGGGUUUUUGAUUUUGAAUGAUACAACCAAUGUGAAUUUGUUGGAUGAUUAAUUGAGUUUGAAUUAGGAUUUGGAAACUGAAUGAUUUCCCUGACCUAUUCCCUAUUCCUGACUACAUUUCUGAUGAGGACCCCAAUCCUGAGCAUAAGGACCCAGAUGUGGAGCCCACACUGAAUGUACAAGGUGCCCAGAGAGUGGUGUCUGUCACGCUGACCCCUGUCUUUGUGCAAAGUGCCAGUGUGACGACUGACCUAUUUCCUGUAAUGAAUCAGGUGUGAUUACAUGUUUUAUGUUUCAUUUUCUAUUCCAGAUUGACUGUCUAAAGCUCAGCAACCAAAAGAAAGGUUGUUUACUAUGGAUGAAAUAUCAGGCACUAGAAAUAUGUACUUGUUUGUUUGAAUUUAUGUUUAACAAUAAUCAUGUAAUGCUUGUAUACUUACAUUUUUUGUGGAAGAAGCUAAGCUUCGAGAGGGGAAUGUCAGGGAAAAUUGACAUACUUACCUGAUUUGUUUGAUAUUAAUAGUAAUUUAUAUUUAACUAAGACUGAGUCUGGCCUGCUAAUGCUGAGUUUUUAUGGUGUCCACUCUAGCACCCUGCAGCUCGUCUGGGUGUCGGGGACAUGGUUUUUACUAGAGAUAGCUUGAAGCUGACGAUUGAUAUCUCGGUGAUAAAAAAAAACAGCCACAUUCCAGUCUAUCAUUAGUGGUGUAUGUGAGACAUAUGUCUCUGGUCUAACUGGGCCUGCAUGCUAUAGAUGAGAUUGAGGCUCUCUCUAUGGUUCUUAGACAUCCUGGCAUCUGGGAGUCAGCACCAGAGGCAGAUGACCAUAGGAUGAACCCAAAGUGGCUUAUCGUGUGCCCCAAUCUAUAUGGGAUGGGUGGAACCAAGCAUUCUGGGUAUAAGCUUUAUGAACUGUGCAUUGUCUGUAUGAUUCAGACUCUCAGCCUAA